AUGGCCGCCAAAAACUUAACGUGCGGGUCCUUUACGUCGUCAGGGGACCUCAUAACGAAUGACACUUCGUUUCCCGAUCUCGAUCUCUUCGAUAACACCAAAUGGCUUCACGGCGCGGGCAUUCUCGACCAGCCUGAACGUUACGAUGACCCGCCCACACUUCAGUACUUCCCAAAUGAUGGGGGCGAAGCGAUGGAACACGGACACCACUUGCAGAUAAACGCAGAGGAACCACUUUCUGAGAAAAGAUUGAGGACGAUUGACAAAAGGAGGACUCGGAAGUUCUUUUGUUCCGAUUGUACUCUUUCCUUUGGUUCCCAAAAUGACGUCAAUCGGCAUCGGUCCAGCAUCCAUGACCGGAGGAGACCAUACGUUUGCCAAGUGCCUGGAUGUCGUCGUGGAGGCAAGGGGUUUUCCAGAAAGGACAACCUCAUGGUCCAUUUGCGUGACGUACAUGGAACUCAAGCGAUGGACCGAUCACUGGCGGAAGGCAUCAAUAAAAUGGGGGCGAGGGAGUUGAGUGACCACGCCCAGGGCUGUCCGCGAGAGGAAUUGCUUCGACUCGUGCUUCAGCAGCGAGCAACGUGUGAAAGGGAACGGCAAAAGCGGCGGGCUGUUGAGGAGGAGCUUGGGAAGUUGAAGCAAAUGUACAUUACCCGUGUUAUUCAGUGCGUCUAUGGACACCCCCUGCUCACAAUUCGUAUUUCCAUUCCCGCCCUCCCAACCCUUCCUCCUGUCUACCUCAAUCCUAAACCCUUUUCCGGUCAAUCAGCGUACCGUUGA